AAAAGCUGAAAUUCUGUCGUCUCUUAUAAAUCUUUUGCUCUUAAACCCAAAUGUCUUAACAAUAGAAUUGCCAAUGCUGUUCCAAUACUUUCAGUAGGGACUGUAUGUUCUUAUAUAUUCAUUUUGCUUCUCGAGCUUUGUUAAUUGCAGAGAUGUUGCUUCAUUCACAAUAAAUUUAUUUUAAAAUUAAUACUUUGUAUUAAUACUUUGUAUUUUUUUAAUUAGAAGUGGUUGUUCAGCUGGAGUGAAUAAAGCGUCUCUUAUUCAUUUCCACGCCCAUGGUGAAUCCUUUUAUCUGUGCUCCACUGAAGAUGGGUUUUUAAAGGUAAUCGUGAGCUGAUUGAGCUUGAUUACCAAAAUAUUAAUCAUCUCUUCUGGAAUUGAUAACUCUGGAUAUGACAUGCCGAGGUAAAUCAACUUACAGUUCAAUGUUAAAAUUUAACGUUUGGUCAGACAGUUUUCUGGAAAACCUCCUGGUGCACUACAUUAACUACAGCUUUUUCCAGGAUAAAAUGUAUUCGGGGCUGUGCUCCUCAGUAGCCCCCAGUGAUAUACCCUUCUAACACCACUGGUCAUAUGCAUACUCUACGUGAUCGUACAAUAAGUGUGAAUCACAGGUAGAACUCAUACUAGAUUUAUAAAUAUGCUAGCUGGUUCUUUAGUACUAAAUGUAUGAUUUUUUGUGAGACUUUGAUGCUAAUACGUACAGUAUAAACUGUUCAUAUGGAAUCUGUAAAUGGAAUGUAUUCAUUCACAUUGCUGAACAUGUUUGCAUGUAAAGAGAGCCUCUGUGUGCCAGUGUCCCACAAAGAUUUACUGUUAUUCUUGCACAAUUUUUCCAUCAGUCUUUUUUUCAUACAAUAACUUUGGACACCAGUGCUAAUGUCUUUACACCUGCUUAUAUUUCUCUGUUCACAUGACUGUUCUGUCCCAACUGUUCCACAAGAGUAAGCAAAAUGAUUCACUUGUUCAUUAACUCUUUUCUAGUUAAGUAAAGUGAUGAACUGAUUAAUGUACCAAAGAGGCUGGGUCUCUGUCUGAGAAUUAAAAUAGGACUAGUGAUCAGCCGCUUACUGGACACUUGACAAAACAGGAUGUAGGGGCUUACAGCUAAACAGGAACUCAAGACACAGAAGGAACAGAGAGGUUUCAAGUAAACCAAUUUAAAAAGCAGCACUAUCUUGUAGGCCUCUGUAGCAUCUCAGCAAGGAAUGGCCCAUCUCCUGGACCUUUUUACACUACAGCUGCUGUUUGGUUUCUUUACACCGGGUCUCCUUGAGAUCGCUUCAACUGAUCAUUUAUCUGUCCCUCCUGGAGAGAACAUCACCCUGCUCUGUAACAUCACUAAUUAUUCUGAGAUAUCGUGGUAUCGACUGAGAUCUGAGGAGGUGAAGCUGCUGAUAUCUGCUGAAAAAUUAAAGCUGAAGAAAAACUUUUUCCUCCGUUAUAAUGUGAAUGAGAGUCACUUUGAUAUGACAGAAAGCAGCAGUUCAGUCAGUUUAGUGAUUAUUGGAGUUAGAGAGACAGAUCUGGGAUUUUAUUUCUGUGGAGGUCGAAACAAUGCAACACACAUUCAGUUUGGGAAACUCAUCAGACUGGACUUUACAGCUGACCAACAUGGUGGGUCUGAUAACGCACCUAAUCAAAAUACCCAGCAGUCUACAGGAGCAGCGCUCUGGAUUAUAAUGUCUGUGUGUCUGGUCUCCAUCCUAAUAAACAUCAUCUGCAUGUGUGUGUUCUGCUGCAAAAUCAAAGGAAAGUCAGUAUUGUCACACAACAGCUGCAGUAACACCACAGACUCCACUGAAAAGGAAGAAAAUAUUCAUUAUGCCAGCAUCCAGUACAAAAGAAGGUCCAGAGCAGCUGCUAAGAAAAACACAGCAUCAGAUUCGGACAGUGUGACCUACACAACAGUCGCCUCACAGCCUCGGAGACACUGACCAGCACAAGGUGUCACAAAUUUAAUAUUAUCAUACAUCAUAUCAAUAUCAACAUCAUAAAAUGUGCUGUUCCCUCUGGCUCUCUUCUUUAUUUGUUUUAAAUAGGUUAUUUAGUUGACAAUGCAUUAUGUAAAAUGAACUGUUUUGGACUAAAUAUUUGGAAUUAAUGAAUAAACAUUAUAAGAAUCAUCUGUAUCUUAAAAAAAUCUGUGUGUAUAUAAGGCCUAAAUAAACCCAACCUCAUUCACUGAUUAAAAAAGAGUGACCCAGAGCUUCUGGGAUUCUGAUGGAGAUAAAAACAUGUUGUAACUGGUUACUGAUGUCUCUGUCUAUGUUAAUAGCAGAUAAAUAGCUCCAGUUACAAACUCAUGGAAUACUCCAAAGUUAUUUAAUGAUUGAUGUAAUGCCCAUCUUGAGCACUUGAUGUUAAUGUAUAUGUAAAAAUGCACAAAUAAACUAAC